AUGGCUCAGGACUUUCACAUCCUCCAAAUUGCUGUGCUCCUGCAGGUGCUGUGUCUGGCUCUGGCUCAAGUGGGUUUAAAAGGGCCACCUGGGCCUCCUGGACCUCCUGGUCAGAAGGGAGAUCCAGGCCAGCCGGGCCCAGACGGUCCUCCUGGGAAUGAUGGAAUUGAUGGACCUGGGCUUCCUGGACUUCCUGGACCAGCAGGUCCGAUUGGGCUUCCUGGGGAAAUUGGGCUCCCUGGACCCAAGGGAACUCUGGGACUGCCUGGACCACCAGGUUUGCCAGGACCUCCAGGGAAACCUGGGCUGCCUGGGAAGUUCUUGGGUUUAGAAGAAGGCAGUGCUGAUUUCCAGUGCCCAACUAACUGUCCACAUGGACCUAAAGGUCCUCAAGGUCUCCAGGGUAUGAAGGGUCACAAAGGUCGUGCUGGUUUACUGGGAGCUCCGGGAAGCAUUGGAAAGCCGGGCCCACAGGGACUGAGAGGCUAUCCAGGAGUGGUUGGGCGCAAAGGAGAGACGGGCCCUCAAGGUUACAAAGGUAUUCUUGGACCCAUUGGACUUCCUGGAAUCCCUGGUAAAGAGGGACCUCGAGGUCCUCCUGGAGAGAGUGGGGAGAAAGGUGAUAGGGGUUUGCCUGGAAGCCCUGGCACCAAAGGUGGCGUAGGUGCUAAGGGUGAGCCAGGACCUAGGGGUUUUGUAGGAAUGUCUGGUGCUCCAGGUCCUCAGGGUGAGCCAGGGCCACCGGGUGAAACUGGAAUGGCUGGAGUUCCUGGGCCAAAGGGUGACCGGGGUGAGAGAGGACCCGUUGGGCCUCGGGGAAUUGUUGGCAAGCCUGGAAAUAAAGGAGAGCAAGGGCCACCAGGUAUACCAGGACCUCAAGGCCUUACUGGAACCAAAGGUGAUAAGCAAGGAGUGAGUGGUGAUCAAGGACACAAUGGCCCUACAGGUGAUGCUGGAAAACCUGGAGACCAGGGUCCGCCAGGUCUUCCAGGACCUCGAGGCAUCCAUGGAGUGAGAGGUGUGCCAGGCAUGCCAGGAAUAAAGGGACCACCUGGUAGUGAUGCCACAGAUCAGCACAUCAUCGAGGUGGUCUUGAAGAUGAUGCAGGAAAAGUUAGCUUCUUUAGCAGUGAGCAGUAAGCGGGACAUACUAGGAGGAGCUGGUGUAAUGGGACCACCAGGCCCUCCAGGGUCUCCCGGACCUCCAGGUCCUCAGGGAGCACAUGGUCUUACUGGUGCCCGAGGCAUCCCUGGUAUGACUGGAGCUGCAGGCCAAAUUGGGAACACUGGCCUUAAAGGAAAGCAAGGUGCAAAGGGAGACCGAGGAGACCCUGGUCGCCCUCAUCCAGGUCUACCAGGCCCACCUGGCCUUCCAGGUCCUCCUGGUCUGGAUGGAGUUGCACAGGAUGGCAAGCCAGGAGAAAGAGGACCACAGGGUGUAGCGGGUCAACCAGGUCAUCCCGGAAAAGCAGGUCUUCCUGGCCUCCCUGGCUUCUGUGAAAUGGCAGCAUGCCUGGCGGCAUCAGCUUACACUUCCCCGCGACUCCAGGAAGCUGGAACAGUCAAGGGACCAUCCACUUAA